AUGGAUGCGGCAAAUCCUACAGUUGGAAAUGCCGUAGCUAAUAGUGGACUCAAAAAACGCUCCGAAUUUACUAACGGUAGUCGUUCUGUGGAUUUGAUAGGACCUAUUCAUUGCGACAUGUUUUUCCAAGAUCGUAUGAUGCUUAAUGGAGUCGAUAUUAAAAUCAAAUCACAUAGAAGCAAAAAUUCAUUUUGUCUCAUGUCAUCUGAGGCAGCGGCAGAAUUUAAAGUACAUUUGGAAGACGCAUCAGUGUAUGUACGAAAGGUUCAACUCAAUCCGUCUGUAGCGUUGGCUCACGCUAAAGCGCUGGAACGUGGAACAGCUAAAUACCCGCUCCGCCGCGUCGAAGUUAAAACGCUCUCGGUCCCCCGGGGAAAUUUAUCGUUCACCAGGGAAUCGCUGUACAAUGGAAAUCUACUUAAACGCUUAGUGGUGGGCCUAGUGAGCACUGAAGUUUUCAACGGGAGUUACGCCAAGAACCCGUACAAUUUUCAGCAUUUCAACACAAACUUUAUGGCUUUGUAUCUAGACGGAGAGCAAGUACCGUGGAAGCCGCUUAAACCAAAUUUCGAAGCUAACGGUGAAGGAAGUUAUAUUCUAGCCUACCAGAGUUUAUUCCUGUCUCUUAUACACAUCUUUUAA